CUGGUUUCACUUUCAUUGUCUGCAGUCAGUUUAGUCGUCAGACAGGCAACUCGGGAGACGGUUUGAUGGCAUAGGAAAGCUAUCACGCAGAGAUCCGAUCAUCAAAAAUGACUUACCAACAAGUAUUGGUAUAUUUCUUGGCUGUUCUCGUCUCAGUUUCUGCAGUGGAUGUUGAGUACUAUCUCAAGGGGCAGGAGAUACGCUUGGCACCAUCCAUCUUUGGAAAACCUGAUGGAAUUCUCUGGAUGCAUGAUUGGAAAGAAGUGGUAUACGUGAAGGAAACUGGCGUGAAGGAAACUGUGUUCUCUCCAUAUGAGAACAAAAUCAUUUUGAACCAGUCCUCUGCAGAACUCACCAUCAAAAACGCCACAUAUGAAGACAGUGGAAACUACGACCAGCAAGUGUUAAUAAACAAGAAAGUUCAUGCUUUCCAGUACAGAAUUGAGAUCAUAGACAAAGUACCCAAGCCCGAUAUAUCCUGUUUUAUGAGCGACACAAAGCAGGCGAUGCUCGUCUGCUCUGCAGACUCCAAAAACCCUGGUUUAUUGGCGUUCAAGUGGAGCUCACGUGGAAAAGAGACGAUCGGACCAAACGUAAGAAUAACUAUCAGGAAUGAAGACGAUGAUCAAGUUUAUCGUUGUGAUGUCAGCAACCCUCUGACCAAUGAAAUGGCUUCAUUCACUGCUAAGGACUGCUUCCUGGACAAAAGAUCAGCUGCUCUGAGCGUCACCAUCUCUGUCAUCUUUGUUGUUGUCAUCGUUCUUCUCAUCAUUCUGGCCUGCAUUUUCCACAAAAGACUUCGAGGUUCAGCAUGUAUGGAAAAUACUAACAAAUGCGUUUUUAAAACACAUCGACGUGCAGCAGAAGUUUCAGGUUCGAGUCAGGGCGAUGAAACCGUUUUCUUCCUGGACGGAGCAUCCACGCUUCCGUCCAAUCAGAGGAUUGAUCCUUCUCAGGGCGGUGAAAAAAAGAUGGACUCGAGCGCUUUAAACGGGUCUAACAAGGACUUGACUGCAGAGGACAAGGUGGAAUCGGACACAGCUGACCUCUGCGGAGGUCAUUCUCCUUUGACCUCCACAGACAAGAACACCACUGAACUUGAGGAUACCAGCAAGACUAUCGAAAAAUCGGACAACUUCAUAUUGAGCUCGGAUCAUACCAUUGCAGCAUGGUUACAAUUUGAACAAGCAAAGUAUGACGCGUGAUUCUGACUUGCAAACCACACAUAUAUCCUUUCCAUACAAUAAGAGAACGUGUAAGUCUUUUGACCAAAUAUGCCAACCAAUGUUCACCCUAAUUUUUCAAAUAUCUGAGCAUACACAAAAAUGACCCAAGAAUUCCUUGGACCAUUGUGAGCAGCAUCACACGUGAGAGCUGUAGUAUCGCACCUUUCUAAAAACCAGAGAAACCUGUGAAUUUCCUUUCUGCCGUAUUUGUAUAUAACUGGUUCCAAACAGGCGGCUGCGGAUUGCACAGUGUUGCUUUCUUUAUUCUCAGCCGCAGAUGAAACUAGCCAUAAAUGCAUCAUGAAGUGAUGGUUACUGUAAUAUCUGCAACACUGACUAACACUGAUGACAGGAUAGGGAAAAAUAAAAAAAAUGGGCUAUUGACCAUGCUGCCAAUUUAAAUUGUGUUGUAAUGUAAAAAUAGAGAACCUCAGGUUAUACAGUAUUUGCCGUUUACAUGCUGUGUCAGAUAUUUUAUACUGUAUUGAACAGUGAGGGACAUUUUUAAAUAAAUAAAGAACAUACAGCAUACAGAAAUAAAAAAAAAGAAAUAAAUACAGAACAGAUCACUUUAAUGGACAAUGUGGAAUAAUUUGCCUCUAUUAUAUGUAAAGAUGUUGGAAAUUGUAUUUUCAUUGCAGUUUUUGUCAUUCAUACUUGUUUAUUUCAUUCAUUCAUUUUCUACUGCCUAUUAUUUCAUUUUAUUAAAGUACAUUAUACC